GAUUGCUAUCUGGAAGCAGACUGAAAGCGGAGAAGUCAAAUGGAAAGAGAAGGCACAAGCACUGACUCUUGCCCUGACCAAGAGUGAAAUGGCCAAUGGGACUCUGAGGGGAGAAAUAGCCGUCCUGCAGAGUAUGGUUUCAGAGAGGGACACGGACUGGUUUCAUCACGAGCAGGCUACUGCAGAAGGGGAGCAGCUCUCCUGGCUCUCGGAGAAGAGACUCCUGUCGCAGCGGCUGGAACGUCUGCAGCGAGCAGUUGCAAAGCUGCAACUCGAGAAGACGGAGCUGAAGCAACUCAACGCUGAGCUCAGGAGGACUCUUGAGCAGGUGGAAUGGGAGCGGAGGAGACUGAAGAGAUAUUGUAGAGGUCGGUCGCUGCCAGAUGCGUGCGGCUUUUCUCUCUCUGACCAGCACAAGGUGCCUGCUUCUCGACAGGAGGAGUCUCACACGUGCUGCAGUUGUCGAUUAGCUGAGUUGCAGAAGCAGGUGUCCCUUCUGCAGACGCAGCUGGCACAGGAACGAAAAUACAAGCAGGACUAUCCUGAGUGCUGUGCAAAGACCAGCCAGGAGCUGUCAGACCUUCACCACGAGCUGUCUCUUACUCCUUAGCAGCUGUGGUCAGGGAGCCCAAAGCUGCUGUUUUGGAAGCAGAGACUGGGAAGCUGGGUCAGCCUCUGAACCUUCUUUUCCUGUAGAGGAACAGCUGCUGCAUCACAGGGUUCCUGUCCUGUGCCCUUCCCAGGAACGAAUUCUGUUUUGCUGCGGGAAAUGGGGGUGCAUUUGUUCUGUUUGCAUCUGGAAGCAUCUCCUAGUGACAGUGGUUUUAAAUGCGUUUUGGUUUUUUUAAUAAAGGCAAUUUUGCAGGA